GAAGGCACUCUGGGCCAUUCAGCUCUCUUCACCAAUGAGCAGUCAAGCCAACGGCAGGGAGGCGGUCCCUCCAGCUCAGACCAAUCAGAAGACAUUUUUGGAUGAUGUCAUUUUGACCUUUAGUUCACCGAUGGCCUGGCUGCUGGUUGUGGCUCUGGUCAUCACAUGGUCGGGAGUCGCCAUUGUUCUUUUUGAUUUGCUCGACUAUAAAACUCUGACAGAGUACACAUCAUACUGUGACGACCCCGUGUGUUUAUCUUCUGGUCUCCCUCCUCCGUCUGCCAUCGCUAAGAGAGGUUUGAAGGUUAAAGGUGGUUUUCGUCCAAUAAAAUCAAGCCCUGCUGGAGUCCCAGUUGAUGUCACGGCUCAGGAGAGCACCGAUUGGUUGGAGAUGAUAUGGACUUUUGCAGCCAGUUUGGUAGCUCCUGAUGAGGAGGAGGAAGGUAUUCACCAGCUAACUGAAACCAUCACAUCUUUCCACUCCGAGGAGCUCUGAACAAGAGGAGCGUGGAGGAAGGACAAUAAUUGACGAGUACUGUAUGAAGAGCCGGAAAAAGGAAGAGAGAGCCAAAAGAGAGGAGUGUCUGACUUAAGUGGAAGGGAGGAUGUAAAGAACUGGAGGAGGAAGAGAAUGUACAGUUUGUCACAGUUAUGUUUCUUUAUGUCUGUCGUUGCUAACUGGAAUGUGAUCAAUAAAAACUGACCAUUUAAAAACGUA